UAUCGACGUCGACUCGAAGCAUGUUGCCACUGUGCGCUAGCCAAGCCCAAAAAAGACAUUUUCCGCACAUGGUUUGGCACUCUCGCCUGCGCGACACAAUCGCUCUGUGACAGUGACAGUGUAGCUCGCAAGUGCACUGGCACUCCUACUACUGAGUCUGUCUGUGAGUGUGUGACCGAUCCUUGAGACAAAUGUACUGGCUCUAGCUGGUGUAAAGGGCGCAGUUGUCACUUAUUUCAGCACAUAAAUCUGCAGUUCCUUGUUGUGGCGAGCAGAUCUCCGCGUAGCGUGGUGCAAACAGGAACUGGGACAGGAGAGAGAUUGUACUUUAUUGCAGAGCAGUCUAGGAUAGCCGCCAUGGUCGUGGACAAAGAUGAAGGUCGGCCAUGCCUGUCCUGUGAAAAAUGUGAUGGCUUCUCGCUACACGUGUGGAGGAAGCGAUGCCGUAACUGCUUCUGCAAGCGAGAGGAGCAUGAUGUAGUUUCAGGUGGCGAGUCAGCCAGUGAGAAUGAGGAAGGAAGUCCAGAGAAGCGCACCAUGGACUUUAACAGCGGGGCCCGACGAGGUCCACAGUCAAACGAUCCGUCAUCUCGAGUGAAAAAGACAGGAAAGAAGUGGGUCAGACCUCCGGCGGAGGUCGAAUCCAUGCCACAACGGCCAGCUGGAACUGGAAAGAAAUGGGCACCUCCUGCUGGCAGUAGCUCUUCAGCAGGUGAUGAAGGAUCUGCAAGUGGAUACUCUGGAAAACGGUGGAACACGUCUGCUGAGGGCGGCUCAGCGGGAGGACCAGGCAGUGGAAGCAGUGGACCCGGCAGUGUUGGCACUGGAGCUGCUGGCGGUGCGGGCGCUGAUGCCAGAGGCGCUAUCCGUCCGCCAGCAGGAUUCGAACACCUAGAGUUGCCUCCACCACCCCCUCCUGGUGGUCCUGGUGGUGCCGGUGGUGCUGGUGGUCCUGGCAGUGCUGGUGCAGCCGGAGCAGGGGACGCCGAUCAGUCUGGUAGUGCUGAUCGACACGUGUCAUUCCAGCUUGAUCGAAACACAGAACACGCCGCGGAUAUGCCAGGCAGUGAUUCAGGCUUCUCAGCAUCCGCAGGAGCUGGGGGAGUUGGAGCAUCAGCCGGCGUGUCAGCUGGGAUUUCAGCAGGAGACUCUGCUGGUGCUGGAGGCAGUUCUGGUGGCAAAUCUGACUUUGACAUUGACAUUGACUUCGAUGUGGAUAAGAUCCUGGCCAAUGCUGGUUUGGACAUGGGAGACAGCAAGGCCGCGGAUAGUGAUGUUGGUGGUGCCGCGGCAGUCGGUGGUGCUGGUGCCUAUGGCAGUGCUGACAAUUCUGGUGCCUAUGGCGGUGCUGGUGGUGGUGAGUAUGGUGCUGGUGGUGUUGGUGCCUAUGGCGGUGCUGGUGACUAUGGUGCUGGCGGUGCUGGUGCCUAUGGUGGUGCUGGUGGUGUUGGCGGUGCUGGUGCCGAUGGCAGUGCUGGUGACUAUGGUGCUGGUGGUGCUGGCGCCUAUGGUGCUGGUGGUGUUGGCGGUGCUGGUGGUGUUGGCAGUGCUGGUGAGUAUGGUGCUGGUAGUGCUGGUGCCUAUGGUGCUGGUGGUGUUGGCGGUGCUGGCGGUGCUGGCGGUGUUGGCGGUGCUGGCGGUGCUGGUGGUGUUGGUGGUGUUGGCGGUGCUAGUGAGUAUGGUGCUGGUGGUGCUGGUGGCGCUGGUGGCGCUGGUACCUAUGGUGCUGGUGUUGCUGGCGGCGCUGGUGCUGGUGGCGCUGGUGCUGGUGGUGUUGGUGGUGUUGGCGGUGCUGGCGCUGGUGCUGGUGGUGCAGAUGGAAGUAGUACUGGGGCGAGCAUCAACGUCGAGUUUGGAAAGGGAGGUGGUGCAGGGGGAGAUACAGGCGAUGCAGACUUCCCGGAGUUCAACCCAGGUGACUUGCCAGAUCCACUGAGCGAGUUGGACAGCCUUCUGCCGCCAUCAGCUGACGAUGACAGCGGGGCAGCAGCUGGAGGACAUGCAGAUGGUGGAGCGAGCGCGUCGGGUCCCAGUGCAGCAUUCGACAUGCCCAGUACACAGCUGGUGGUGUCAUCCUACACCUGGGUUCCGGUCGGGCUGUCUUCCGAUGAGACCAACCAGUUCCUGGCAGACAUCCCACUGGAGUUCCGUCCAUUCGACACGGCUGAUGGACGGCAAAAGUCAAACAAAUGGCGACAGGAGCAGAACCCGCCUCAUGACAUCGACCCAGCUGCAGGGAACAACUUGAACAAAGAGCAGACGGAAGAGUUGAAGGAAUUCAUUCAACUGAGAGAGCAGCAGAAUCAUGGUAUUGGCAAGGCAACAUCAUCCAGCAAUCAGACCAGCUGCGAUCGGUGUCACAAGAGGUUUGCGCCGCCCGCAGUGGUUGUCGAGGCUGACCGCCUGCCCAACAGGGCGUGGCAUCCGCACUGCUUUACAUGCAAGACCUGUGACCAAUUCCUGAGCCAGCUGGAGUACUAUGCGUCAGACAGCGAUCUCUACUGUGGUCGCCAUCAUGCCGAGUUGACCAAGCCGCGCUGUGGCGGUUGUGACGAGUUGAUCCUGGUCGGCAGCUUCACCAAGGCGCAGGACAAGACCUGGCAUGCACAGCACUUCUGCUGCAUCAGCUGUGAUCGGCCACUGGCGACGGACAGCGAGAAGGAGGAGUAUGCCAAGUACAAGGACCAGGUCGUCUGCCUGAAGUGUUACGGCGACAAGUUUGCGCUGAAGUGCGACGCCUGCCAGCUGAUGAUACCUGCUGGUGCGGAGCAGUUGGGCCACGGCGAUCGGCAGUGGCAUAUCGAGUGCUUCUGCUGCUUCAAGUGCCAGAGCAAGCUGGAUCCGGACAGCUUCCUGGUCGAGGACGGCAAGCUGUGGUGCGAGAAGUGCUUCACGGCCGACAAGGGAGCGCGCUGCACGGCAUGCGAUCAGCUCAUCUCGCCCUCAGCACCUGCCGUAUCCGUGGGCGACCGGAAAUGGCACGAGUCCUGCUUCCAGUGUGCGGCCUGCAGAGCUCCGCUCGCCGGCCAGGAGUUCUUCGAUCACCCGACGGGUACGCACUGCAGCAAGUGCUAUGGCGACAAGCUUGCAAACAAGUGCCGCAAGUGUGGCCAGCGCCUGGGACCGGAAGGCGGACUGACGUACAACGACGUCAGCUACCACCCGGCGUGCUUCACCUGCGGCCAGUGCGGCAUCGAGAUCAGCACCGGCGAGUUUGUGGCCAAGGACGACGAGCUCUACUGCAAGGGCUGCUUCACGGGAACGGUGGCGCCACGCUGCAACGCCUGCGACAAGCCGAUCACCAGCGAGGGCCGCGACAGCAACUACACAAGCCACGAGGGAAAGUCGUGGCACAACACAUGCUUCAGUUGCUGCGUGUGCGCGACCAGCCUGGUCGACGCAGGCUUCCUGUACAAGAAUCAGAAACUCCACUGCAAGGGCUGUGUGCUGAAGUAAAAUGAUACCCCGGCUUCACUCUCUAGUAUCAUGUGACAUGUGUGUGUUUCACAUUCAGCCUUUCUUAGCAUGCUACCACAGGUUUCCAUGUAUCACUGCUUUACUGCCCAUUUAAAUUUACAUUCAAAGUCACUCCACUUUCUCAAAAUGAUAAUGGCGUGUUUAAAUAAUGCCUCCUGGCCAACACAUGUCAUGAUGCAUUUGAGCAGAUCAUGCGGCUUUGGCUGCCUUUUAUGGAAUUUAUCUAAUUCUGGUUAGGCCGCUUUUUAUCUAGGUUAGCUAAUUAAUUUAGAAAGAUAUUACUGGCAUCAUCGUUGCUUUCAUGCCAACGGUGACCAAUACAGUAGCUGUGCCCACACUGCCAGCUCUUACAA